GAAUUACCUCAGCAGUUAAUCUCAACGAUCCAUAUGGGACACCAAUCAGUUAUCAGUAGCCCCAGACUGUCUUAUAUUGCGGCUGAGCAGCUGUAUCUAAUCAGCAAAGGUUGUUGACAUAUGACGGGAGAUUCUAGUCUAACGGGAGACGGGGCUCGAGUGGGAGGUAGUCUAUUCGCAGCGCUGGAACUUACCACAGGAAUGGCUAAACGGGCGAUAAGACUAUCAUCAGGCUACGAGAUGCCCAUCUUGGGUCUAGGCACAUGGGAGGCGAAACCAGAAGAAAUUGAAACGGCCGUAAGAACGGCUUUGGAGAAUGGUUACAGGCACAUCGAUACUGCUUUCGUUUAUAGAAAUGAAGAAGCCAUUGGUAUGACUCUAAAAAAAUGGUUUGAAAAUGGCGGUAAACGAGAAGAAUUAUUCGUCACGACAAAACUACCGUCUUAUGGUCACGGUGCUGGCCAGGUGGAGAAGUACCUGAAGCUCUCUUUGGAAAGGCUUGGAUUGGAUUACGUUGACAUGUACUUGAUUCAUGCGCCCUUUAGCGUUCUUAAAGAUGAAAAUGCUGAAGCACCGCUUAAGCGCGACGACGGAAGUGUCGUGCUGAACUUAGACACCGAUCCCGUCGCUGUAUGGAAGGAAAUGGAAAAGCAGGUGAAAAGUGGACGGGCCAGGUCGAUUGGUCUGAGUAACUUUAACGAGGAUCAAAUUCUUGAGAUAAUAAAUAAUUCAGAAAUAAAGCCAAGCAACUUACAGGUAGAAUUGCAUGUUUAUAUCCAGCAAAAACCACUACGUGAGUUUUGCAAAAAGCAGAAAAUUGCAGUGACGGCGUACAGUCCUCUGGGUUCGCCAGGUUCCAAGACAUUUUUCCAAGGAAUGUCCAAAUACGAUCCUGACAAGUUUCCGAAUCUACUCGGUCACCCGGUAGUGCAAAAAAUUGCCGAAGCCCAUAAGAAAACAACUGCUCAAGUUCUACUGCGACACUUAGUUCAGCAAGGCAUUAUUGUCAUUCCAAAAAGUUCCUCACCAGACAGAAUCAAGUCCAACGCGGAUAUAUUUGAUUUUGAAUUGUCCAACGAAGAACUAAAGCAAAUGGAUGCUUUGGAUCGUGGGGCCGCAGGUCGCAUUUUCGAUUUCCUGUUCGUCAAAGGGGUCGAGAAUCAUCCUCAUUAUCCAUUUAAGAGCGAAUUGACGCAAUAGAUAAAUCCAAUGUUUCGUCGUGUAUCUAAAAGAAUAUUUAAACUAUAAUAUCACACUUUUGUUUUAACUUUAUAUCCAAAUUUAUCCAUUAGAGACCUCGAACUUUUAAAAUAUUUUCGUUGAUUGUGAAUAUCUGAUAAAAAUUUUCGAAGCAACGCUUGAUCUACUUAUCUUCGGUCAACGAUUAUUAUCACGUCGUACUGGUUCAACCGUCCAGUCUACUUUAUCGACAGUAGGUAAUGACGUCGAUAACACGUUGCAUCACUUAUCGAUAGAUCCGGAACAUUGUUCGCGGCACUUCCUUCUUUGCCCUGAUACCGUAGUGACAUCUGUCAAGGACAACCUCCAUUACUGUUCAGUUACCCCACAAAUCCGUAGAAUCAAAUAGGUUGUACCUAUGUAAGGGUAAACAGUCACAGGUUGAAAUGUUGAGAAUCUGUAGUAAAUAACGAUGCGCUUUGAUUCGAACGGGAUGCCGGCAAGAAUCGGUUACUGUGAUUGCUUUACGAGCGGGAGGUCGAGGUUCGUGCUCGUAGUGGAAAUUGCCGUUACCCGUUCUCGUUCAAACAUUCAGUUUCACUUUGAAAAGGGAUUCAGUGGACGCUGCGUUGUCGGACAGGGACACCGAUCUGAGCGGUUGAACCAAAGGAAGGAGAGGUUGUGCUUUUCGUGCGUCACUUACGUUUCUGCUUGCUAGACGUUGUCCCAUUAUAGAUAACGUUACUGUCGGCGGAAUCGCGUACGUCGACCGCCCGAAGGAGCCAGCAACAGCGAAAGAACACAGAGUAACGAGAUUUCUUCCAUGUCAUCGCUUUUUGAAUCACGUUUCCUUCACGCUGCUUCUCCCUUCUGGACUCUGUCUGAGCACUCUCGCUACCCUCGCCAGCCAUCUCUUGCCUUUAUACACUACAUACGUGCGAUCGCGUUAAUAUUUAUACCUGAUACAGCUAUAUGUAUGUAUAUUAUAUAUUUAUUGCGUACGAAUAUGUGUAUAUGUCUAAAUAAUAUAAUAUGUAUUAUAAUAAAGUACAGAACAAAUGUCUCCCGGUGCUAUCCUCGAUCUUCAGGAUACUUACUUCGCAUUUGCUAAAUGGAAAUAUGUAAGAGCAGCGAGGAUUGAGAAUCCCUUUCGUUUUGCGGAGCUCGCAAAGCGUUCAAAAGCCUCGAGAGACUUGGCGAAAUACAGGUAACUGGUGGUUCUUUUCCAUUUCGUAAUUCUCUCUCUCUCUCUGUCUGAUUUGUUCGUCGAGACAUAAAUAUAUGUAUAUAUCUUCUAGCAUUAAA